AUGACAGCCAUGGACUUGGAGACCUUUCCGCUGCAUAAAGCAGCGUUUUUCAAUGAUGUGCAGUCGAUUUCGCAGCUCAUCAAAGCGGGCAAGUUAUUCAAUGCAUGUCGUAGCUUAUACGAACAGGAUAUGCACGGGAAUACAGCACUUCACAUUUCAACAAUGCUUGGUCAUCGAGAGGCCACUGCGCUACUAUUGGCUCAUAACGCACCGGUAAAGGUUAAAAACUGUGAUGGAUGGAAUCCGUUAAUGGAAGCCGUCAGUUACGGCGACAGGCAGAUAAUAACGGAAAUGUUGCGGAAAUUGAAAGCACAAUCCCGCAUGGGGUUGUCCAGCCGUAAGGCGCAUCUUAUCAAAAUGUUGGAGGAUAUUGGUGAUUUUUACCUCGAGCUGAAAUGGGACUUUCAAAGUUGGAUUCCUCUACUUUCGCGAAUGCUUCCAUCUGACGUGUGCCAGAUAUACAAGAAAGGUACCCAGUUGCGCAUGGACACAACACUGGCUGAUUUCAACGAACGGCGAUGGGAGCGAGGUGAUAUUUCUUUUGUUUUCAAUGCAAAGGCUAAACACGAGUGUGAUGAGCUCAUCAUAAUGGAUAACAAUUCAAAGGUUUUUCAACGAGUACGCCAUGACGAGUCCGAGGCUGAAGUAGAUGAAGAAGUAGAUGUGCUAAUGUCGUCUGAUAUUGUAUCAGCGCAGAUGUCAACGAAAACGAUCACGUUUCGACAAGCGUUCUCUGGCUGGGUUUUCAAACAUGCAAGAGAGGAGCAAAUUGGUGACUAUAACGUCAAUUUUUAUCUGGUGGAGGGAAUGAAGUUGGUGUCUCGCAAGAGACGUGAACAUCUGACGGCUGAUGAUAUUAAGAAAAACAAAUCUUUCAUGCAAUCACUGGCAAGCGGUGCUGCUGUCGGCGAUGAGGAUUUCAAGCAGAGCCUUCAACAUCGGAAGUCACUGGCACCACCAGGUCGAAUGCCAACGACAUGGGAGGAAUAUGUGGGUGCAGCCCCUGGUGCAGCACCACCUCUUGGAAGAGCUCAAAUCUUGAAACAGAAUGAGAAACAGUUCACUGCCCUUAUCGGAAUGAGUGAAGAUUUUCCCAUGGGAGUUGAUGUUCUUCUCGAUAUUCUUGAAAUUGUCGCACCUUUCAAGCAUCUCGAUAAAUUGCGUCGUUUUUGUGAAGCAAGACUUCCACCUGGUUUUCCUGUACGAGUAGAGAUUCCUCUACUGCCUACUAUAUCGGCCAAAGUCACUUUUCAAAAACUCCAAUUCGUGACUAAUCUCUCGGACAAGAUUUUUUAUGUGCCGGCAUCGUAUCGCGAAGAUCCAACAAGAUUCCCAGAUUUAUGA